UGACAACGGGACGAUGGCUGCAAGCGAAAAGGCUCAACUCAGAAAUGUGAUUUGGAUGUGAACAUUCUGUUGUUAUUCGGCUUGUUUUGGACAGUGGCUUUUGAAAGUUCAGCAUGUCUCUGUUCAAAGCCCGUGACUGGUGGUCGUCAGCUCUGGGUGAGGGAGAGGAGUUUGACCAAGGAUGUUUGUGUGUCGGCGACGUGGACAACAGCGGCACUGGACAUGAUAAGGUGGUUGUGGGAAGCUACAUGGGAAUGUUGAGGAUCUUCUCUCCUCAUGCCAACAAACCCAGUGAAGGAGCCCAGGGCCUGGCUGAGUCUCAACUGCUCGAAGUAAACCUCCACAAUGCCAUCAUUCAAGUGGAGUUGGGCAAGUUUGUCUCGUGUUCAGAUCUCCUUCACCUGGCUGUUCUUCACCCAAGGAAGCUGUCGGUAUAUUCUGUUUCAGGCACGGCAGGAAACGUGGAGCAUGGCGACCAGUACCAGCUGAAGCUAGUUUACGAGCACAACCUACAACGAACUGCAUGCAACAUGACCUACGGCACCUUCGGAGGGGUCACAGGUCACCACUCGCUGUGUAUCCAGUCCAUGGAUGGGAUGCUGAUGUUCUUUGAGCAAGACAGCUACAGUUUUGGCCGGUUCCUUCCUGGGUUCCUGCUGCCUGGCCCCUUGCUCUACAAUCCCAGGACAGAUAGCUUCCUCACCGUGUCUUCUGCCCGCCAACUGGAAAGCUACAAGUAUGAAACGCUGGCAGUAGCCACAGAAGCUGAGAACAGACAAGACCCCGACCUUCCUGUGAAAAGUGGAGGCAAGAGGUUGACGCCUGACUGGACUUUGGUUCUGGGAGAGCAGGCACUGGAGCUGUCUGUGCCCUCCUUCUCUCACUCCUCCUCCUCCAUCUUCGUUCUGGGGGAGAGGAACCUGUACUGUCUCCGUGACAAUGGUCAGAUCCGAUUCAUGAAGAAACUGGAGUACAACCCCAGCUGCUUUCUCCCUUAUGCAUCAUUGACGGAUGGCACCACUAACCUGUUGCUGGGUAACCACACCAACAUGCUGCUGGUUUACCAGGAUGUCACUUUGAAGUGGGCAGCACAGUUACCAUUCGUGCCCAUAGCUGUCCGAGUUGCCAACUUCCCGGACCUGAGAGGCGUGGUAGUCUCCUUGAGUUCAGAAGGACAGCUGCUGUGCUCCUACAUGGGCACUGACCCCUCCUUCUACUCCACGCCUAAAGUGGAGGCCCGCGAUGUGGACUACGAGCAGAUGGAUGCUGAGCUCAAGAAACUACAGAAGUACAUCAGGGAAGCCUCCAGGACUCAAGACAUCCUGCCAAAAGCCGACACUCAGGAAGACCUCACUGUGACAGCUGUUAUAUCAAAGAACAUGGACAAACCAUCACAAGCCCAUAUUCAAGACAUUGAUGGGUUACCUGUACCCUCAGUCACUGUACAGUUGCAGUUGAAGUGUAGUGGCGUGGUCCAGGCUCCCAGGUUAAGUGUGGUCGUACAACCUCCUCUGGCCCUUACCCAGAACAACUUUGUCCUGGACACCAUGAGUGUUGGUUCUUCUACUAUAGUUACCUUUUCUGCAUUCCUAAAUGGCCACUAUCCCCCUGCUGACCUGACAGGAGACGUCACUGUGUCCUACAAUGCCCCCACAGGGGUUCCCAGAGUUCUCCAAAGCAGGUUUAGUCUUCCAUUGGCUCUGGUGUGCGUUUCCUCCACACCCGCCAAAAGCACCAAGUUCAAGAUCACUGUAGACACCAACCAGCCUCCUGUCGACCUCCAUGCCAUGUUCCCAGAGUUUUCUACAAAGUCAGAAGAAAAUGACGGAAACAGUCUAGCUUUCCAGUUCUUGUCCGGACCAAAAAUUAGCCUGGUCGCUUCCAAAUCUUCACAACGUUACCGCAUUCAGAGUGACAGUUUUGAGGACAUGUGGUUGAUCGUGAAGGAGCUGGUCCAAAGGUGCGAUCGGCAUUUCUCCAAACUUGGCGUCAAAGACUUCCGGAAAAGUUUCAACGGACCAAUCCCCCUGCAGGACUACUUUUUGGCCAUUGAUCACCACUUCCAGCUGCGGGUCAGUGCUAAACAGUACCAGGACCUGCUCUCGGAGAGGGCAGUCCAGUUCAGAGCCAUCCAGAGACGCCUCCUAACCCGCUUCAAGGACAAGACCCCAGCGCCUCUGCAGAACUUGGACACACUUCUCGAUGCAACCUAUAAUCAGAUGAUGUCAUUGGCGGAGGCUGCAGAGGAGACUCAGGCUGAGUUGGAGCAGGCCUUCGCUCGGCUGAGGAGUGGCACUCAUCUGCUGGUCCUGCUGCUGUCUCUGUGGCAGGGCCUCCCUCCAGACCAGACAGCUCUGCUGGAGGCCACAUUGCUCCCCCUGCUACAGGACACACCUCAGCUGGGUUGGGAGGAGAGCUGCGACGCCGCCGUGACCCACCUGUUGAGAACCUGCCUGUCCCGAAGCCCCAAAGAGCAGGCCCUGUCUCUGGCUCAGAGCGGUGGUCCCGUGCUGGAGCUGCCCAAAGACACAGUGCGUCUGAAGAAGCACAUCACUCUGCUCUGCGACCGCAUGGGCAAAGGAGGUCGCCUGUCCCUGUGCUCCGAGGCCAACGUGCAGCUGCCAGCACAAGUACAGAACCUGGCAGCUCCUGGUGGAGUUGACCCCAUAGCAGAGGCCUCAGGAGAUGCCGAGCAGUUGGAUCUGCAACAAGACGCUGCAAAGUUCAUCAAGAAGAAACAGCCAUCCAAGAAAGUCAAGAAAGAUAAAGAACCCAACGAGAAGAAGGAAGACGCUAACCCAGCCGAAGAGGUGAAGAAAGAGAAGAAAGAGCCAGCUAAAGACAAGAAGAAGGAACCUAAGGAGGAGGCUAAGAAGGAGGCAAAGAAGGAGAAAAAGGAAUCAUCGUCGACCAAGGAGAAGAGAGAAAAGGACAAAGAGAAGGAAGGAAAGGAAACGACCAAGGAGACGGCCAAGGAGACGACCAAGGAGACGACCAAGGAGGCAGCCAAGGAGACAGGAGACAAGAAGGUGUCCAAGAAGUCCUCCUCAACCAAAGUCAAGGAGAAGAAAGCAGAGGCCGAGGGUGUAUGAUAGGGAAUGUGCGACCUGCAUCCUGCAUAUGCGUCCUUACAA